AGAAGAGUAGUAGUGGCAAACAGUGCUUAAUUAUUGAAAGAUGAACACAUUUUCUUCUUCUUUACUUUUCUCAUUCUUCAUUUUCUUCUAUGUUUUCUCAUCUACAUCACAACUACUAGUUAAAGCUGAAGUUCCAGCAGCAAAGACAUUCAAGUAUGUCAACGAAGGUAUGAACUACUUCGGCCUUGUCGAAAACAAUGCAAAUUAUCGUCCACUGAAAAUCACAAACUAUCCAUUUCGUCUUUGCUUUUUCAAUACCACUCCAGAUUCAUACAUUCUUGGUCUUGGGAUUGGUAAUGCAAAUUCGACGUCGCUCAUGCGUUGGGUUUGGACAGCUAACCAUGCUCGUCCUGUUCGCAAUAAAGCUAAACUCAUCUUCAGUCAGAAUGGGAACCUUGAAUUAGUUGACACAGAUGGACGGGUGGCUUGGCAAACUCGAACUGCCAACAAGGGUGUUGUUGAUAUCAAGCUACUUCCUAAUGGUAAUUUAGUUCUUGUCGACAGGAAAGGAGUGUUCGUCUGGCAAAGCUUUGAUUACCCAACCAAUACACUCUUGGUUGGACAGGGCCUUCGACUAGGAAGUUCCGGUGGUGCUAGUCGACUAACUAAUGGAGCUUAUAGCAUGGUUUUGGAUACAGAAGAAGUUAACUUGUUGUUCCAGAGCCCUCUUUCAUCAAAACCGUUGCGUUAUUACAACUUAAUAAGAUCUGGCGAUGGUCAAUUACACAACGUGACCUUCAACAUUGCCCCUGCUGCAGAUGGUCCAGACUACUCUAAUGAGUUGCGACUAGAGUAUGUAAAUAACUACCAUGGACUUAGUGGGACUACCCAAACCAAAUACAACAGCACUUUAUCAAUCUACCGACUCAGUUCAGAUGGCAAUCUUCACAUCUAUACGUACUACGAAAAAGGUCGCAAGGACGCGUGGGAAGAGACCUACACCGAGUUCACUAGUUCUUGGUACGCCGGUGAGUGUUUGUUGCCUGAGAAGUGUGGGACAUUAGGAAUUUGCGAGAAUAGUCAGUGUGUAGCUUGUCCUAUGCCAAAAGGAUUAAUGGGCUGGAGCAAGGAUUGCAAGCCCAUGAAUUUACCUUCUUGCGAAGUUGGUGCAGCAAAUGUGAGUUACUACAGAGUAGAUGGUGUUGAUCAUUUCUUCGAUACCAAUAAUGAAGGAAAAGGGCCAAUGAAAAUUGAUGAGUGUAGAAAGAAAUGCAGCAAUGACUGCAAAUGCAUGGCUUUCUUUUAUAGAAAGGAUACUUCCAUGUGUUUGCUUACUGUGCAACUCAAUACCCUGAUCAAAGCCCAAGAUAGUUCAAGUGCAGAGAGAGUCACUUACAUUAAGUAUGUUGAGCAGUAGUUCAGAAGCUCUCCAUCAUUCUAUCUAGAAAACAAGCUCUCCCUGAUUCCAUCUUCGUGUAGUACCAUAUCUGUGAAAAUUCCAUCUUAUCCUGCUGUUUCACCAUUGUAUAGGAUGAUGAAUAUCUACUAUCUUUGUUUCACAACUUUAAUUUGCGAUCGGUGUGCGGUUAUAGGCCUUCUUUUUUCUUUAACACAAAAGACUUUCACAAAGUGACGUUCUUGACCCAAACCGAAUACCUCUAAGUUUGUUCAGAACCCAUAUAGGUACCAUAUCUCUCGGUUGCAUCUUCCUUGGGAAAUAGUGUAGCUCAACAUCAAUAUCACACUUACUAUGAGCAUGC